AUGGAAGACGACGACGACGACCAGCAGCUGCCGCUCGAGGUGGAGCAGCAAAGCCCACAGCUCAAGAUUCGCUACGAAGAGGUGUUCACGCUCGCGUCCCCUGGCCAGACCAGCUCGUCACCAUCACCGCCACCGACAGAUGCAUUGUCAAGGUCCACAGACAACUCGACAGCGGGGCGCCCACGCAGGCGCCCUCAAGGCGACAAGAUCCUGCUGCCACCGUCGGCGCUCGAGGGACUGUUGAGCGCAGCCGCCCGUGCACGACAGCAGGCCAACAGCGCGGCCAGCAGCAGCAACGGCAGCCGUUACGGCGGCCGCUCCGCGUUUGGCUCGCUCGAUGACUUUCACAGCUUCGGCUACGGCCGUGGGGGAGGCGCCAGCGGCGGUGACGGCUAUGACCUGCCGCAGCCGCUGACGUUCCGGCUGGCGAGCGCAAGCACAGGCAAGUCCGUCUACGCAGGGAUCCGCGAGUUCUCGGCGCGCGAGGGCGAGGUUGUGUUGAGCGACUACCUGACGCGCGCCCUGGGCCUCGGCCUCGACGAGAGCAAAAGCAGCCACGCCACGGACGCCAUGGACACCACGGACCGGCUGGUGGUGACCUUUUACCCACUCCCCAAGGGCACGUUUGUGCACCUGCGGCCGCUGGCGGCGGGGUACAACCCGGCCGACUGGCGCCCGCUCCUCGAGCGGCAGCUGCGCGAGGGCUACACGACGCUGACGCGCGGGGCAGAGUUUACGGUUCGCAGCGGACACGGCACUGCGGACGAGUUCAGGUUCCGGGUGGACGGCUUCAAGCCAGCGGGCGACGGCAUCUGUGUUGUAGAUACAGAUUUGGAAGUGGAUAUUGAGGCACUGGACGAGGAGCAGGCGCGCGAGACGCUGCGACAAAUCCAGGGCGACGCCGUGCCGUUGGGCGGGGGCAACGGUGCACCACAAGGAUCGGACGAGAGUGGCAGCGCUACAAGCCCCGGCAGCGCAAUCGACAUCUGGAAGCCGGUCUCGGGCCAGGUGCGCGCCGGCGAGUAUGUAGACUAUGAACUGCCAUCAUGGGACCGGUCACGGCCGCUGGCGAUUGUUCUCUCUGGCUUCGACGAGGAGGAGGACAAGGGCUGUGCUGUCGACCUGCUCGUCAGCCCGUAUUCGUCACGGCACCGCGCACGCCCAAGAGAAACGGAGCAUGUGUGGGCGAAUUUCGGCGUCGCUGACGGUUCGACAGACAAUGCGAAGACGAUUGUGCUGCAAGCAGACCACAGCGAGCUCGAAGCGGCCGAGGCGCUAUGGAUCUCUGUGCACGGCUGGAAGGAUCCAGACAACACGACACCUUCUGCCAAGGCACACAGUUUCAUCCUCCGCGCGAAGAUUGUGCUUGAAGACGACGGCGGCCCUGUCCUUGGAGGCGCGACAGAAAAGGCAGAAAAGGCCACGGAUUCCGCUUCCCACGCCCCGGACGAAGAGCAGUGCAAAAACUGUGGGCAGUGGGUGCCGAGCCGGUCCAUGGUGCUGCACGAGAACUUUUGCCUGCGCAACAACGUGGUCUGCCCAACAUGCAAGCAGGUCUUUGCCAAGCGCUCCGAGGCGUGGGCGAACCACUGGCACUGCGCGCUCGAUCCCAGCGGUGGCGACGACGGCGGACACGGCACCACGACCGCCAGCAAAACAAAGCACGACCUGAUUUUCCACCCGGGGUUCCUUGGCGCGGACCGCCUGUACCACUGCCCUGCGGACACGUGUGCCGGUGUCGUGCCGCCCUUCACGUCGCUGCCGGACCUCGCACGGCACCGCACGACCAGCUGCCCGUCGAAGCUGAUCCUGUGCCAGUUCUGCCAGCUCGAGGUGCCGCAGGAGGGCGACCCGACGGACCCCUCUGUCGACGCGGCCACGCAGCUCACGGGCCAGACGCCGCACGAGCGUGCCGACGGCGCCCGCACCACGGACUGCUACCUGUGCGGCGCGAUUGUGCGCAUGCGGGACAUGGGCGCGCACCUGCAGCACCACGACCUCGACCGGCAACGGCGCGUGCCGCCGGAUGUAUGCCGCGACGCGCUGUGCGGACGCACACGGUUCGGCGUGGGCCCCAAGGGCCACAUCAAGGCGCCGCCUGCGGCUGCUGCUGCUGCCGCUACGGGCGACGCGCACCAGCUGGGCCUCUGCAGCACCUGCUUCGCGCCGCUGUAUGUCAGCACGCACGAUCCGGAGGGCAAGGCGCUGCGCCGGCGCGUGGAGCGGCGGUACCUGGCACAGCUGCUGACGGGCUGUGGGAAAGCCUGGUGUGCCAACCGGGCGUGGUGCAAGACGGCGCGGGCCAACCACGGUCUGGGGCCCUUUGCCGGGCCCGACGGCACGCCGGCCGUGGGCACGGGCGCGCUUCUUCCGCUGGUCAAGCCGCUGGUGGCCGAGGCCGUGUCGGAGCCGAACAAGCCAGUGCACUUCUGCGUCGACGAGGAAACGCAGAAGCGGCGCGCAGUGGCCGAACUGCUCGCGGGCCAGGGCGGCGGGGUGUACGAGCUGGCGUGGUGCGUGGCGGCGUGCGAGGCGGAGGGUGCGGAUGCGACAUUGGCGUGGGAGUGGCUGAACAACUGGGCGCCGCAGAAGCGGGCAGGCGAGUGA